UUCACUUUGCAGAGGAAAACCUUUCUGAAUAAUUUGCCAUGUCUCUGAAAAUGUUUCCAGUUUUGGUGUCUGCUCUGCUGUUUACAGCUUCUGUUUCAAGUGUCCUUGGAGCACCCUUCCGGACAGAAGAAUCACCAAAUCAAUUCAUAUGGCUCAAACGACACAUACCGUAUUAUCCAAGGCACUGGGACUCCAGCAGCAGCCAGAACACGUGGGGCGACACUGUGGCUGAGCAGAUUAGUGAAUCCCUGGCAGCUUUGAGAGAGACAGCACAAUACUACAUGGGCUUGGAGCCUUUUUCCUUCGAUCCCUCGACAGCCGUGCUCGAUGGGGUUUCUCAACAGCGCGUUCUGUAGACUCGGAGCCUCUGUGCACCUCACAACAACAUCAGAUCCUACAUGGAGCUACUACAGAAGUCUGGGACUCACCUCUAGCAAAAAGCUAUUAAAUCCUACUCAUCUUGUAUCUGGCCAUGCUAGGAUAUGGCAUGUUAUGAAUUUACCAUUAUGU